AUGUGGGCUGAUUGGCUCUCUCUUAAGCUGGGCUUAUCUGCAAGCCUGAUAAAGUUGUCUACUCUCUCAUCCUUCAGCUUAGCUUCACUGCCUGAUUCACACUUGCUGCUGUGGCUGAUUGAAGCUGAAAAGACAGAACUGUGCGGGGAGCUGCUGCUCCAGCUUCCUACCCGGGUCGGAUAUCAGCAGCCAGCCCUUGAGAGCCAGCUGCUGCCUGGGAACAACUUCACCCACGAGUGCAACAUCCCAGGCAACUUCAUGUGCAGCAAUGGGCGGUGCAUCCCCGGUGCCUGGCAGUGCGACGGGCUGCCCGACUGCUUCGACAAGAGCGACGAGAAGGAAUGCCGUGAGUGGCCGGCGCUCUGCUUGGGAGGUGAUGGGGGAAAUCCAGGGCCGGCAGGUCCUGACGUGGCUCAGAGCCUGUACCCUGUGCUUGCUGCAGGCUG